GCACAUACAAAGCUUUCUGUGACUUCCUUCACAUGAUAGAAUAUGAAGGCAUGUCAAAGUAUGAGGUUUCCUUGACAGAUGUUCUGAAAUUUAUUACUGGAUGCAGUCAAGUACCUCCCCUUGGUUUUUCUAAGAAGAUCUCAGUCAGUUUCAUCGGUGAUUGUACACCAGGAUGUCAGUGCCGCCCAACAGCAUCAACAUGUAGCCUGCACCUGAGACUUCCAACACACCUCCAAUCAUAUGAAGACAUGACCGAGGCUGGGAUCUCCAUGCUCAAAGAGUGUUUUGGUUUUGGUAGCAUCUAAUUUGUAUUUAGUACAUAUUAAUGUACAUCACAGUUAGGAGUGUUCUUGACAAAAUAAGUCUGAGCAUUUUUAUGGUUGUUGCCCUUGUUUGGUGGUAGCUCUUCUUAUUUGGGUAUUUACAGAGUUAGAGUUCACAUACUGAUAUUAUUGUUUACAAUAGGCCCAAUUUAACACUUGGUCUUUGUAAAGUAAGGCCAAUAUGUUGUUGUUCAUGUUGUUUCUGUUGAUUUUGAUUCUGCCAAAAUAGGAUCUAUAUAUGGAUGUGAGUUAAUAACUCAUAGUCCAUCAAAUA